GUUUCAACAACAUGGCUGGGCAGCUUGUUCCCCACCCCUGCCACCCUAUGUGUAAAGAAACACCUAGGUUCUAGCUGCAUUUCAACAAACAGUUCUGCUAAGGGGUCACGCAGUCUGAUUUAAAAAAAAAUCAGACUAGCUUCAUUCACGCUGAAUUCUUGGCGAACAAUCAAGUUGUGAGCAACGAGUGGUUUCCAUUUCAGUCUGACUUGGCUUCGCUCCAGGUUUUUUUUUGAAGGCCACAUGUGUGUGAUUAACCCCCCCCCCAGCCCUCCAGGAUGCAGCACUGCUGUGCCUCCACACGCCGCCCUGUUGCCUCAUUGGUCCUUCGCCUUCUCAGCCACGCACACACAGACGGUCUGGCUCGUCCCCCUUCUCUCUGUGUGCAGCACAGCCUCCUGAACCUGGUCUCCCUCGCAAAGUCUUGGAGUGAGAGACCACCCUCUGAGGCCCAGGAUACACAUCUCUGUCCGAGGGGACGGGGGGGCGGACGCACGCAGACAGCACCGCAUGUGCAGCUCAUCCAGCUUCGCCCCGAACCCUUUCCUAGAACCAGAGUCACAGCCCCUUCUCCCCUCCUGAGGCUCUGAGAGGGGCAGGGAGAGAGAGACGCCUGGAGGACUCACCUGGAGAACCCUGGAGCAGAAGAAGCUCCCCACUGACAAGGACAGGACACACACCUCAGUGUCCAUUGACAAGGACAAGACACACAGCUCAGUCUCCAUGGACAGGACACAGAGCUCAGUCCUUCACUGACAAGGACAGGACACACACCUCAGUCCCCCAUUGACAAGGACAAGACACACAGCUCAGUCUCCAUGGACAGGACACAGAGCUCAGUCCUUCACUGACAAGGAAAGGACACACAGCUCAGUCCCCAUUGACAAGGACAGGAAGUCCAAUCCAGCUUUGAUCAGCGCUCCACGCAGCCUGGAUGCUCGGGAGAUGAUGGAUGAGUCCUACCUGCCCAAAGAGGGCAGUCGGCCUUGUCACAUCUACCAGGUGUUCCUGGCUGUGUUCCACAGCAUUGUGUUCUGCAUUGGCCUGCCAGUGCACUGCUGGGCCUUCUAUAGGCUGUACCGCCUCUACAAGUCUGGCAGCAGGGUCCCCGUCUUCCUGACAAACCUCCUCAUCCCGACCUCCCUCCAGCUGCUCACGCUGCCGGUGCUGAUCCACAUCACGGUGGACCUGGAGAACUGGAACCGCAGUUUCCGGCUCUGUGUCGCCGCCUCCUGCGUCUUCUGCAUAAGCGCCUUCUCCACUGUGGGGUUCCUGGUGUGUGUGGCCAUGGAGAAGUACCUACAUGUGGCCCAGCCUGCCUGGUCCCAGCAGGCCAAUACUCUCCGGUUCCCCCUGUCCAUCUCCCUGGGGAUCUGGGGGGUCUACGUGUUCAUCUUGGGCGUGGGCGUCACUUACCCGUUCGCCACCUCUCAGGCGGCGGUGGGGUACAUCUUGUUCAGCGUGGUGACUGUUUUUUUCCUGCCCUUGGUCCCGUUGGCCUUCUUCUGCAUCGGCACCCUGAGGAGCCUGGCCGCCGCCUCUGCGGUCACCCGCGGGAAGAGGAGGCACACUCAGCGGACGCUGGCCCUCAUCGUGCUCGUGAUAGCGCUGGUGCACUGCCCCUUUUCUCUGACCUGCAUGAUCUAUUUCAUCUCGACCCUCGGCACGUACCCCAUGAUUCUGAGCAUCGAGAUCUUAGUUCCCAUGGCCGUGCCCCUUGACCUCAACUUGGUCCUGUGCCUGGCGGUGUUCGUCAGGGAGAGACCCAGAGAGGUGAAGGACAGCAGCAACGAUCCGAGGGUCGAAGAGACCGGUCAGGAUUAGGGAAAAGAUUCCCUCUAGGUCUAAAAGCAUCCGCCAGUGAGGAAGGGGAACGUCCAAGCUACAUGCAUUUUUUUUCCCCAAGAUUUGGUUUGAUCACAUCCUGCCUGACAUCAGGACUCGGCUGGACAAGGGUUUGAGACUGACAGAAAUGGGGGAUCCUCAGGAUCAAGGUUAGGGACCCCUCGACUGACUGGAUCAUGGCUCUUCAGCAGCUAGAGAAAGCAUUGAUUUCCUUCCAAUAAUAAGCUGGAUAGCAAAUAUUGCAAGUGAAUAUUUCUUAUCAGAACUUUAACCCUCAGACCAGACACAUUUCACAUGGGUGGAGGAAGGUAAAUGUCAACAAUUCUGCAAAAAAAACCCACAAAAGAGUAUAUUAUGUCGAUUGUAUAAGUAUUCAUCCUCUUAAUUGAUACCUAUUGGAAGCACCUUUGACCACAUUUCCAUUUUGGGUGAGUGUCCACCAGCUGGGCACAUUGAGACUGCACGACGUUCUCCAUUGCAAACUUGCUCCAACUCUGUUGAGAGCACACAGUUCAAAGAAACUUGCAGCUCACCAGAGGCCCAUCCCAGGAAGGUGGGAUGAAUGCUUUUGCAAGGCACUGUGUCCCUCACAGCUCAUUCUGAGCCCUUUUUUGGUCACAGCCCUGUAAAUGUUCAUUUAAUAACGAAACCUUUUAGCUUCCCAGCUCAACUAGACUGACAAAUGGUUUUCCUUCCUGUUUCUAGACAAGCUAUGUGUUUGUCCCUGUGAGUUCCUGUUUCAGUGGGUGUUCACUGCUCGAUUGUGGUUCUUUAACUCAUCUUUGACACAGAAACGGUUGUGAAAUCGACCAACAGGCCACUUUCACUUGGCUGUUCCUACUCAGGAUCAUCACUGCAUUACUGCGCUUAGCUGUAUGCAGUAUAAAUCACAAACUCCUCUUUGUUUCGCAUUUCGCCUCCUGCGUCCCUCCCCUGGCCCAUCUCCACUUGAGCCGAUGCCCCUUGGUUCACUCUUCCCCCUGCAGUCUCCGAGUUCCACAGGCAGGGGGCAAUAGCCCUCACCCAAGCAGGUUAACCCAAAUAUCACUCACCCUCAACGCUCAGUCAACAUCCUCGGAUGCACCUGAUUCAUGGUGGUCGAAAUUCCCCAUGACACCACAUUUUACAACUGCGUGUGUGCUCUGUCCUUCUUCCAGCAGUCAGAGACAAUGACGUUCCUGCUAACUUUACCUCCUGUGGGAACAUCAAGUGUGAGACUGCCAAGUGUCCCCUUGAGUCUUCCAGUUCUCAUGUUGUUCUUUAUGAUUUGUCGUUCUUUUGCUUUAGGUGUCAACGCCCGUACUCUGUCUAGUUUGUGUUUUCUGCAGCAUUUGUGCUUUUAAACGGGUUGGUUGUUGAUCUUAAUCAUUUGUGGCAGGACGUCACAUUCAAACACAGCAGAUGACGAAUGCAGCUCCUUCCUGUUUCAGAGUAAGGGGCUCAAGCACAAUGCUUUGGUGACACUUUAGAUUGUGGGGUGAAAAUGUCAUUUCUGAAGGUUUGACAAAUGCAACAUUGUGUGUCAUAUAUUAAAAGAAAUCAAUGUAAACCAU